AUGGUGUUGUCGCCAGGUGGCGUGCACUUUAUUUGCGUCCAGUCACAUCGACGUCGUAAAAUCUGUAACAGAUCACUUUACGGCACUCCAUUGGCAGAAGGCAAAUAUAUUUCUUGUAAAAUGGCUGAUGUCUCUAAAUUGGUCUAUUCUAUACUGAAAUUUUUUGGUGAUCAAAAAACCUCAGGAAAUCUCAGUGAUGAUGCUGUUGAAAGUUUAGAAGUUGCCAUGCAAUGUUUGGAGUCUGCCUAUGGAAUAAACACCAGUGAACCAGAGUCAGCUGCCAAGUAUCAUGUUGACAAAAAUCUUCUUGAUAUUUUUAACUCUCAUAUAAAUACGGAGAAACCUGCCAACUUCACAGCAAACACAUUACAUGAACCAACUCCAGAGGAACGGGCGGAAGCUGAAAAAUUCAAGAACAAAGGGAAUGAUUUCAUGAAAGCAACAAAAUUCUCUGAAGCUUUGGAAUGUUACUCUCAAGCCAUUCGUUUGGACAACACAAAUGCGGUUUAUUAUUGCAACAGAGCUGCUGCCUACAGUAAAUUAACGAAGCAUGCUUUAGCCAUCCAAGACUGCAACUGUGCUUUAGCAAUUGACCCAGGAUACAGCAAAGCUUACGGCAGAAUGGGAAUGGCUUAUUUGGAGCUGGAGGACAACGAACAAUCCCGUGAAUGUUACAGAAAGGCUCUUGAACUUGACCCCAAUAAUCAAAAUUACAAGAAUAAUUUGGAAAUGGUAGAACAAAAACUGCGGGAACAAGCCAUUGGAGCUGGAUUUGCAAGUGGUGCUGCUGGACAGAAAGGCAUGGAUUUGUCUUCAAUUCUCAACAACCCAGCCCUCAUGAAUAUGGCUGCCAGUAUGAUGUCCAAUCCUCAAAUGCAAUCCAUGAUGUCCAACUUGAUGUCUUCGGCAGCUGGUGAAGGAAAUAAUGGAGGCCUUAGCACUUUGUUACAAGCGGGCCAACAAUUAGCAUCACAAAUGCAGCAGCAGAACCCGGACCUUGUGGCUCAAUUGCGCCGACAGGUGAACCUCCCAAACAAUUCAUCAGAACCUUCCAAUAGUGAGGAAGGCAAUAAACAGUGA